AUGCGUGGGAAUAAUAUCGUGGAUGGGUAUGAAGAUGGGAAUAGGAAUAUUGAUUACUCUCUUAAAAUGGCCGAUGGUUGGUGGUUUCUAUCUAUAUUUACACUAUCUACUUUCAGCCUUGCAGCAUUCUGCUGUGUUGGUACACUACCAAGCAUGAUGUGGAGUAGCUACUCACUUGUGGGAAAAGGUGACCUUGAAAACUAUACCUUCUGUCACUAUUGUUCAAAGCCAAAAUCUCCUAUAAAAAGUCAUCAUUGCCAAACAUGUGGUAUUUGUGUACUUGACAUGGAUCAUCACUGCCCAUUUAUUGGGAACUUUGUUGGUGCAGCUAAUCACCGGCACUUCUUAGCCUUCCUCAUUUCAACAGUUGUCAGUGCGAUUUGCGUUGCAAUUAUGUCUGUAAAUGCAGGGUUGCAUAUCUGGCCGCCACUUUCAUUGAGAUCUCAUAUCCGCUUACAUGGGCUCAGCACAGAUACGGCUUGGACAACCAUGAGGGAAAUCAUUCUUGCUUUGCUGAACUCUGCAGAGCUUUUGUCUGCUAGAGGUCUUCUUCUUAUUUAUCUGUUUGCUGCUAGUAUUUCUGUAAAUGUCGGGUUAAGUGUACUUCUGUGGCAGCAGCUGUGUUUUAUAUUGGAGGGUAAAAGUUACUCGAGCCAUUUAGCUUCUCAAGGAAGUGAGCAGGAUGAAGCAAAAGAUUGCCAAAAUCUUUUUAGGUUUUUUGGUUGCCCAUAUUCUGUUUCCAGAUUCUUGCCUAUCAUUCACAGUUGUCCUAAAACACACAGGAAAUGA